AUGGAAAAGGCCAGAAAUGAUUCUGCUGAGUUUGAACAUGAAGAACUUCACGGAGACCUUAUGACUUUGAUUGUGCAAAAUCUUGGCAAAAUGUCAUCAAUUCAACGUAUGCAACUUGCAACAUUUAUUUAUUCCUUUAUUGCCGAAAAUGAUUUUAGUGAAGAUCUGAAGCAUUUCAUUCCUUCCAAUUUUAUUGAACUGUCUCUGCUAGCUAUGGAUCACUUGAAAUGGAACAAUAAGGAUAAUAUUGUUUUUAACUUGUGCAAAUCACUUGGCAUUAUGCGUGAAGAUGGAUCCUCAGCACGUCUGAAUGUAAACCAAAUGCCAUUUGGGUUACUUGAUUUCAACUGCAAAUUUUUUGCAUCUGAUGAUGGCAGUAAUCUGAGAGCCUCCAAGGAUUACAAGACUUGGAUGGAGACAAUGUAUGCCAAUUUUGGAAAUUCUUGGGCUCGUCUUCAUCUUGGACCUAUGUGGUCUUAUGUUGAUCAAGUGGAUGAGAAAGAAUAUAGAAGUGGAGAAUAA